AGGAAAAAGACUAGUCGGCUUUAGUGUCUUCUCAGCAAAGACAGAGGAAAGUCUGACUGAAAUAUUGUAAUUCAUAGACACAGAUGUGUGAGAGCAGAGCAGCCACAACGUUUGGGAGUUGGAGUUUCAAAACGCUCCAGACUCCGGACCUGAGGUGAGAUUUGAUCAGAUUCUACUCAGAAAAACUCCACGACCACAACGAGCUCCCACCAGGUCUAUCACCCAGUUACAAAAUGCCUCGUGAUGUUUUCCCAACACUGCUGCUGCUGCUGUCCCUUUCUGUGUGUGGGGCGUCCCGCGUCUGCCUGAAGGACCCAGAGUCAGCCUACAGGUUCACUGGAGCUGUGUGUCGCCUCACCUACCCUGCAGCUGUUGUGUUGAAUGAGAAAACUACGAAAGUGAUUGAGGCGGCGUUCCAGCAUGCCAGAUACCCGAGUGUGAAGGGAGAGUCGUCUCUGCUCUUUAUAGGCAAAGUCAUAUAUGGUCUGGACAAUUUGGAGAUUCACAACCUGUCGAUUGGUCGGAGUGCGUUUGAACUGCAUCCAGGUGAAGGCAUCGCCUUGGAAAUAGGCAACGUGUCCGCAGUCUUCAAAGGGAGCAUCCAGUAUGGAUACGGCAACUGGCUUGUCAACUUUGGAAAUUCAAUCGACUUUGAAAUUGAAUCUCAGAUUGACCUCGGAAUCAACCCUAAACUCUACUGCAGAGAAGGGAAGGUAGCAGCGGACACGUCGGACUGUUAUCUUCAUUUUCACAAGCUCCAUCUGCAUCUGCAGGGCAACAAAGAACCAAACUGGCUGAAGAGACUCUUUACUGACUUCAUCACCUUUACUGUGAAACUGGCCAUAAAGGGACAGAUUUGCAAGGAAAUCAACAAGGUGGCAAACAUCCUGGCUGACUUCAUACAGGACCAAGCAGAUCAGUUCCUCAGUUCUGGAAACAUAAGCGUGGACAUUGGUGUAACUGCUGCUCCUGUCAUCAAUGCUAACUACAUAGAAUCAUAUCAUAAGGGGCUGACUAACUACAACAACACCACCGCUGUCAUCAAUGGCUCUGUGUUCCACCCCAGUCAGCUGACUGAAGACAGGAUGCUCUACUUUUGGAUCUCAGACCAGGUCCUCAACCCCAUGGUGAGUGCUGCCCACCAAGAUGGACAGUUCCAACUCAACAUCUCUGGACCAGAACUCACUGACCUUUUCAAGACAAAUCUCUCCAGUGCAAUGCCCGAAUUCAUGAGAAAGUGUCUGCUGGAAUCAGGUUCUCCAGAGCUACGAGUGUGGAGUUCAUCUGUUCCCUAUUUAAACACCUCCACCUCUGGGACCACUGUGAGGGGGACGGCCUCAGGGCAGCUUCACUGUGGGACUCCAACACUCUUCUUUAAAACGGAUGUGGUCAUUGACGUCACAGCUUCCUAUGCUGAUAAGAAAGUCUUCCUGAGGGGUAACCAGUCAGAGGUCUCUGUAUUACAAGCUGAGCUGUCCCUACAAAAUCAAACGCUGCUGGAUGAGGAUCACAUCGAGUUCAUAAGAGAAGCCGUGAAGAAGAUAGGCAUUCCCAAAGUCCUGUCUGCUUUGGAGAUUGAGCUAACCAGGCUAUUGGACAAACAGGGGACCAACUUAUUUGACAUCUUCAACCCAGAGGUGCUUCCUCAGGACGGCUUUGUGGUGAUGCAAAUGGAUUUUGGUUUCCCUCAUCACCUCUUGACGGAUUUCCUUAAAAAGACUCUACAGUGAUUAUGCAACCCGUGAACAAUUUGAGCCCGAUUUGCACAAAGCGUUGCAUUUUGAUUUUGACCAUUUUGUUUAGAUAAAGUAAUACUUCCUUAGCUGUUUAUUAGAAUCAACUUAACAAAAGUGUAAACAAGCCUGUCACUAAUUGUGUCAUGACUACUGGUGAUCAUGAUGAGUGCAUGGCACUAAACUUGGAAAAGGAUAAUACAUUUGGAGGUGUUUAUAUUUUAUUGUGUAAAUUCACUAAUUCUAUUGUGUUUGUUUUCACAAAGAUAGCACAAACUAAGCAAAUGUAUAUUACAUGCAGUACUUUAUAUUACCAGAAAUGUUAAUUUAUUUUUUGGAAGGAGUUGAGAGCGCGUUUUAGCAGUCAAGGGCGGCUUUUAGUUAGUGUUUCCAAUGUGAACGAAGCCUUUUACAUGCUGCUGUGGCGUGACAAGCAGCUCGCGUUUUUCUACUCUCUGCUUAUCACUUUGAGUUGAAAAAAUUCUGCAUAAAAAUAACUUAUUAAGUAUUUUUUAGUGAGGACUGUGGAUGGUUUUGCUUGAUACCUGUUGCUAUAUGGCUUCAACAACCCUAGUUACCAUCAUCCAAAAGGAAAAUGAGUGCGAUACUUUAGUUUUUGGGCAUGAUUUUUUAUUAAGGUGAUAUAACCAAAGCAAAAACAAUUUUUUAAUGCUCUGGUACAUUGUAAGAAUUUGGACUAUUUUGCUUCGAACCAUAUAGGCAUGGUUCGUUCAUCUUUAUUUUACUCUAUUCACCUGUAGUGUCUUGCAAAAUGUAUGGAAUUAAAAAAUAGAUCAAACUAUAAAGUAAGGAGCAUC